UUGUUUAAAGUCUACGUCUGAAGCAAAAACGUCUAUGUAAAUCAAGUUAGCUUAAAUUAUCCGGAUGUUGGCCCACGUUGCGUUCCAAACAAAAUCUCAAACAUCCCUACUCUUGCAGCAGAACUUCAAAGCAAACGAACACGGAAGUGGCGCGAUGUCUUUGCCGGUCGCUCGACGCAUGUGCAGAGCGGCUGCUCGUGCGGGACCAGCGACAGUAUCCUCAGCACAGCAUCAACUCAAGCGCUCACAUUCCUCUGCAGGUGGAAGAAAGAACGUGAAAGACUCGUUGGCAGGAUGGAUUGCUCACAGGAAGUGCUGUGUGUGUCCGAGGAGCCGAAGAAGGGAAUGUCCAUCUUCAUUGAUAUUUUACGGCGAGCGGAUAAAAAUGACGAUGGCAAGCUGACCUUUGAGGAGUUCAAGGCGUAUUUCUCUGACGGCGUCCUGACGCCCGACGAGCUGCAGCAGCUUUUCCACGCCAUCGACACGCACAACACCGACAACGUGGACACAGAUGAAUUGUGCGAGUACUUCUCGCAGCACCUGGGGGAGUACAAGAAUGUCCUUGCGGCCUUGGAGGAUCUCAACACGUCCAUCCUGGCAGCCAUGGACAAAACAAAGAAGGAGUACCGGGAGUCCACCCACCUGGAGCAGUUUGUGACCCGCUUCCUGCUGAAGGAGACCACCAAUCAGCUUCAGUCGCUGCAGAGCUCGUUGGAGUGCGCCAUGGAAACCACCGCCGAGCAGACUCGCCAGGACAAACUCGGCCCAGCGAAGCCAGAGGUGUUGUCCAUCCAGUGGGCCGGGCGUCGCUCCAAUCGGAGACUUCAGAGGAACCACAGCCUGUCCCCCAACAACCCCAUCAUCAACCUCCUUCAUUCAGGUGUUUGUGACGAGGACAGCCAUUGGACUGUUCAGGUCAACAGGCUGCAGAAGCUCAUCGACCGCUUGGAACAAAAGGACAUUCGUCUGGAGCCCGUUGAGGAGGAGGUCUUGGAGAGCAAGCUGCACAUCCUCAUCGUCCAGAGGCAGCUGUCGGUGUUGGAGGAGGAGAUGGAGGAGUUCCGUCUGGCUCUCAGACAAUACAUGGACAACACCUGCACACAGACUGGAUGUCUGCACAUUGCAGUGCAGCGUCUGGCUAGCGAGUCCCGCUUUGUCCUUUAUGAAUUCUGGGCGGAUAACAACAUGUGGAAGAAUCACUUGCAGACCAACUACAGCAAAACCUUCCAGAGGGCCAACGUGGACUUCCUGGAAAGUCCAGAGAGCGUGACCACCAUGCUGCUCCCUGCCUCUUGGUGGGUCCUCAACAACAACUGAUCUUGGACCAGCAGCCUGCACGAACAACACACACGCACACACACACGACGUCAUAGUGACGCCUAUUAUGUCAUUUAGGAACUCCAUGUUUCCUUCCUUAGAAGACAAUACAAACAAUAAAAAUAGGUAGCGUGUUUCUAAAAAGCAAUGUCCUCGUCAGGCCGGCGAAGUGACGUCAUCGCCGUGUUGGGCGUGACGUCAUGGCGUCGGUGCUCUUCCACGUGAGCUCGUGGAUGGUAGCAGAAGGUGAAAACAUGUUAAUAAAAUAUGCUCCAAGAUGAUUGUGGGAGCUUUCUUUUAGUCCUUUUAGUUCCCCCGCCCCCUGGUGACGGAGAGCAGUACUGCAGCUAUAAACAAUAAAGGCUGUCCACUUUGGGUGUGAUCACAUAGAGAUGUGCAUUUGUGUAUUUCUGUCACAGAGAUGUGUAUUUCUGUCACAUAGAGAUGUGUAUUUGUGUAUUUCUGUCACAUAGAGAUGUGUAUUUAUGCCACAUAGAGAUGUGUAUUUAUGCCACAUAGAGAUGUGUAUUUAUGUCACAUAGAGAUGUGCAUUUGUGUAUUUAUGCCAUAGAGGUGUGUAUUUAUGUUGAAUAAAGAGUAGAAUAUACCAUCAA